GAGAUUGCACUUCAUGAGCUGCAAGCCGUUGAGGAGUACUGCAACGCCGGUGAGCCCUGCCGCCGCCAGACGCUCCUGAAGCACUUCGGAGAUCCAUCUGCCGACAAGGUGCAAGCAUGCCCUGACCUAUGCUGCGAUCGCUGCGCCACCGCAUCGGGUGGCACCUUGCGUGGGAUUCCCGUUCAUUGGCGAGCAGGGCCCGGGAAGGAGAAUGUCACAAGGGCCAGGGGUUUCGUGGGCUUCCGGAAAGCCUCGGAGGCGUUUGCUCCGCAAGCCUGCGCAGGAGGAGAGCCGGGCUCAAGCCCUUUCAUGUCAGCCCUUCAACUCCGAGGCAGUCAAAACGCUCCUCCACCUGCCGAGACAUCGACGACGAGCGGCUCUCCGAAGCCCAAGCGUCGGCGAUGCCUCCUCAGCUUGCUGUGCGCUGCGAGCCCAAAGCCCUAG